AUGGAGCUGCCUUGGGUUUUCAUCUCCCUUGUCCUCGUAAGCUCUUCAUGCUGGGGGUUCGACUGGGAGUCCGACAGGAAUUUCCUCUCAGCCGCUGGUCCCCUAACUAACGACCUGUUGCUGGGAAGGCAGGGCUCUCGGGCCGCGGCCGAUGACCAGGUCGUGGACGUGUGCCGCCUGCCGCUGCCCGCCUGGCUGCGGGCGCACUGGGCGCGGCUGCGCGCGCAGCAUGUGACGCACUACAAGGUACUGCUGCCGUGGGCGCGCCCCGAGGCUUCGGACGCCGCCGCCGUGCGCUGCUACCGGCGCUACCUGCGGGCGGUAGCGGGCGCGGGGCUGCGGCCCCUGGUCGUGCUGCUGCCCCGCGCGCCUGCCCUCCCGCCCGCCGGCCCGGCCUUCGCACGCGUCUUCGCCGACUACGCCGCCUACGCCUUCGAAGCUUUCGGGGACCUUGUGGACAUCUGGUUCACGUUCAGCGACCUAGAGGCAGUGCUAAGGGGACUCCCCCAGGAGGAGUCCCGAGCUUCGCGUCUCCAGGUCCUGGCAGAGGCGCACAGACAAGCUUAUGAGAUCUACCAUGAAAAGUUUGCUCCUCCGGGUGGAAAGCUCUCCGUGGUCCUACCUGCUGAAGAGAUAGCCGCAUUUCUGCAUGAACCGUCUCUGUCUGCACUUGUCAAGGACUCGGUCGAUUUCCUCUCUCUCGAUUUGUCUCAUGAAUGCCAAAGCGAGGCGAGUUUGCCAGAGCAGCUGAGUAAAUUGCAGACCAUUGGGCCCAAUGUGAAAGUUUUCAUCUUCGCCCUGAAGCUCCAGGACUGCCCCUCCUCCAGGCAGAACCCUGCUGAGACACUGUUCUCCCUCUCUGCAGCCAUAAAUAAAGACCAAGUAUUCAUCAUUGGAUUUGACGUUGGUGCAUUCCUGGACUGUUCAAAUUCCAAGGAAAGCAAUGGGUAUUGUUCUCUGACCAACUCCCUGAUGCCUCAGGCUGACCAGCAGCAAGCCCAUGAAGCAGCUGUUGGCCCUUCUCCCCCUGCCUCUGCCUACCAGCGGGUCUGGGAAACAUUUGCAAGGCAGUCCCAAGCACAGAGGGAUGCUUUCCUGUGGGACAUUUUCCCCAAAGGCUUUCUCUGGGGCGUCUCCACGGGAGCCUUGAACAUUGAAGGAGGCUUUGCUGAGGGUGGAAGGGGACCAAGCAUCUGGGAUCGACAGGGCCAGCAGGAAACCACCACGGGCCAAGAAACACCACAAGUGUCCAGUGACAGUUACUACAAGGUGGCCUCUGACGUGGCCCUGCUUCGUGGCCUUCGGGCUCAAGUCUACAAGUUUUCCAUCUCCUGGUCCCGGAUCUUCCCCACCGGGCUUAGAGGCAGCCUCAAUCCCCGUGGCGUUGCCUACUACAAUAAGCUCAUCGACCACCUGCUGGACUCUCACAUCGAACCCAUGGUGACGCUGUUCCACUGGGACCUGCCCCAGGCCCUGCAGGAUGCCGGUGGGUGGCAGAACGAGAGCAUGGUAGAUGCCUUCCUGGACUAUGCGGCCUUCUGCUUCUCCACUUUUGGGGAUCGUGUGAAGCUGUGGGUGACCUUCCAUGAGCCGUGGGUGAUGAGCUAUGCGGGUUAUGGCACUGGCGAGCACCCGCCAGGCAUCUCCGACCCAGGAGUGGCCUCUUUCAAGGUAGCUCAUCUGGUCCUCAAGGCUCAUGCCAGAGCUUGGCACCACUAUGACAGGCAUCAUCGCCUGCAGCAGCAAGGACGUGUGGGCAUAGUGCUGAACUCGGACUGGGCAGAGCCCCUGUCCCCAGAGAAGCCUGAGGACCUGGAGGCCUCCGAGCGUUUCUUGCAGUUCAUGCUGGGCUGGUUUGCUCACCCCAUCUUUGUGGAUGGUGACUACCCAGCUGCCCUGAAAACUCAGAUCCAACAGGUGAACAAGCGGUGCUCCAGGCCUGUGGUCCAGCUCCCCGAGUUUACUGAGGCAGAGAAGCAAUUGCUGAAAGGAUCGGCUGACUUCCUGGGCCUGUCCCAUUACACCUCUCGCCUCGUCAGUGAAGCCCAAGACAAUACCUGCGUGCCUAGCUAUGAUUCCAUCGGAGGCUUCUCCCAACAUGUUGACCCUGCAUGGCCUCAGACCUCAUCUCAGUGGAUUCGUCUGGUGCCCUGGGGUAUCAGAAGGCUAUUGAAGUUUGUGUCCCUAGAAUACACAAGAGGAAAAGUUCCAAUCUACCUGGCGGGUCAUGGCAUGCCUAUAGAAGAAAGUGGAAACCUUUUCAGUGACUCCUCAAGAGUAGACUACUUCAAUCAGUCUAUCAGUGAAGUGCUCAAAGCAAUCAAGAAGGACUUGGUGGAUGUUCGUUCUUACAUUAUUCGCUCCUUCAUCGAUGGCUUUGAAGGCUCGUCUGGCUCCAGCCAGAGGUUUGGGCUGCACCACGUCAACUUCGGCGACAGCAGCAGACCCAGGACUCCCAGAAGGUCAGCCUACUUCUUCACCAGCAUCAUUGAAAGAAACGGUUUCCUCCCCAAGGCAGUAAACCGGCUGAUACCACCUAUCACACCAAAUGUCCCCCCUAAAAUUGGGACCUUCACCUUUCCAUCUGCAGUGCCCUCCAAGGCCAAAGUGGUUUGGGAAAAGUUCUCCAACCAGCCUGUAUUCGAGAGAGAUCUGUUCUACCACGGCACGUUCCGGGACGAUUUUGUGUGGGGUGUAUCCACCUCAGCCUACCAGAUUGAAGGUGCAUGGGAUGCUGAUGGCAAAGGCCCCAGCAUUUGGGAUAACUUUACCCACACGCCAGGGAACAGCGUGAAAGACAACUCCACUGGAGACAUAGCCUGUGACAGCUACCACCAGCUGGACGCUGAUCUGAGUAUACUCCGAGCCUUGAAGGUCAAGGCUUACCGCUUUUCUAUCUCCUGGUCUCGGAUUUUCCCAACAGGGAGGAACACUUCUAUCAAUCAGCAUGGUGUGGAUUAUUACAACAGGCUGAUCAAUGGCCUGCUGCAAAGUAACAUUUCGCCCAUGGUGACGCUGUUCCACUGGGACCUGCCACAAGCUCUCCAGGACAUCGGAGGCUGGGAUAAUCCGUCCUUGAUCGACCUGUUUAACAGCUAUGCAGAUUUCUGCUUCCAGACCUUUGGUGACAGAGUCAAGUUCUGGAUAACAUUUAAUGAGCCCCUGUACCAGGUAUGGCUGGGAUAUGGCUUGGGAGAGUUCCCUCCAAGCGUGAAGGACCCAGGCUGGGCACCCUACAGGAUAGCCCACGCGGUUAUCAAAGCUCACGCCACGGCCUAUCACACUUAUUCUGAGAAGUAUAGGCAGACACAGAAGGGAGUCGUUUCCCUGAGCCUCAGCUCACACUGGGCCGAGCCCAAGUCUCCAGGGCUCCCCAGAGACGUGGAAGCCGCUGACCGGGUGCUGCAGUUCACCCUGGGCUGGUUCGCCCACCCCAUCUACAGAAACGGAGACUACCCUGAUGCCAUGAAGUGGAGUGUGGGGAACAGGAGCGAACUCCAGCACUUGGCCACCUCCCGCCUGCCGAGCUUUACUGAGGACGAGAAGAGGUACAUUAUGGGCACGGCUGAUGUCUUCUGCCUCAACACCUAUUACACCAGGAUCGUGCAGCAUAAAACACCCAGGUUGAACCCACCUUCCUACGAGGACGACCAGCAGCUGGCGGAGGAGGAGGACCCUUCGUGGCCUCCCACAGCCGUGAACAGAGCUGUGCCUUGGGGCAUGCGAAGGCUGCUGAACUGGAUCAAGGAAGAGUAUGGCAACAUCCCCAUUUACAUCACCGAAAAUGGAGUCGGGCUGGAGAAUCCAAAAGUGGAGGACACCGACAGGAUAUUUUACCACAAGACCUAUAUCAAUGAAGCUUUGAAAGCCUACAGACUUGAUGGCAUUGACCUUAGAGGAUACGUGGCAUGGUCUCUGAUGGACAACUUUGAAUGGGUGAAUGGCUACACCAUCAAGUUUGGACUGUACCACGUUGAUUUCAAUGACAUGAACAGGCCUCGAACCCCAAGAUCCUCUGCCAGUUACUACACAGAGCUCAUUACCAACAACGGCAUGCCACUGCCCAAGGAAGACGAGUUUCUCUAUGGGCAGUUUCCUGAUGGCUUCGUCUGGAGUGCGGCUUCUGCUGCUUAUCAGAUUGAAGGUGCUUGGCGAGAAGAUGGCAAGGGACUCAGUAUUUGGGACACGUUUUCUCACACGCCUCUACGAGUGGGGAAUGAUGACAACGGAGAUGUGGCCUGUGACAGUUACCACAAGAUUGCCGAGGAUGUGGAGGUGCUGCAGAACCUGGGCGUGUCCGCCUAUCGCUUCUCCAUCUCCUGGUCCCGCAUCCUCCCAGAUGGGACGACCAGGUACAUCAACGACGCAGGCCUGGACUACUACGUGCGGCUCGUGGAUGCUCUGCUGGCCGCCAGCAUCCAGCCCCAGGUGACCAUGUACCACUGGGACCUGCCCCAGGCGCUGCAGGAUGUUGGCGGCUGGGAGAACGAAACCAUCAUCCAGCGGUUUAGAGACUAUGCAGAUGUGCUCUUCCAGAAGCUGGGGGACAAGGUCAAGUUCUGGAUCACAAUGAAUGAACCCUUCACUUUUAUUUCCCAGGGCUAUGGCUAUGGAACAGCAGCUCCAGGAAUCUCCUUUAGGCCUGGCACUGCCCCCUACAUUGCUGGCCACAACGUCAUAAAGGCUCAUGCCGAAGCCUGGCAUCUGUAUAACGACGUGUACCGAGCCAAGCAAGGGGGCAUCAUUUCCAUCACCAUCAACAGUGACUGGGCUGAGCCCAGAAACCCCAGCAACCAGGAGGAUGUGGAGGCGGCCAGGAGAUAUGUUCAGUUUAUGGGAGGCUGGUUUGCACAUCCAAUCUUCAAGAAUGGAGACUACAGUGAGGUGAUGAAGACGCGGAUUCAUGACAGGAGCCUGGCCGCAGGCCUCAACAAGUCUAGGCUCCCGGAAUUCACCGAGAGUGAGAAGAGGAGGAUCAAUGGCACCUAUGACUUCUUCGGGUUCAAUCACUACACCACCGUCCUGGCCUACAAUCUCAACUACGAUUCUUGGAUCUCCUCCUUCGAUGCAGACAGGGGAGUUGCUUCCAUCACAGAUCGAUCCUGGCCAGAUUCUGCCUCCUUCUGGCUAAAGGUGACACCUUUUGGCUUCAGGAGGAUUUUGAACUGGCUGAAGGAGGAGUACAACAACCCACCAAUUUACAUAACAGAGAAUGGAGUGUCCCAGCGGGAUCUGGAUCUUAACGACACCAUAAGGAUCUACUACCUUCGCAGUUACAUCAAUGAGGCUCUCAAAGCUGUGCAGGAUAAGGUGGACAUCAGGGGAUACACGGCUUGGAGUGCAAUGGACAACUUUGAGUGGGCCGUAGGCUUUGCGGAGAGGUUUGGGCUGCACUUUGUGAACUACACUGACCCAUCUCUGCCGAGGAUUCCCAGAGAGUCCGCCAGGUUCUACGCCUCCAUAACCCAGUGCAACGGCUUCCCUGACCCCGCAGCGGGCCCUCACCCUUGUCUGCAGCCAGAUGGUGUUCCCACCAUCAGCCCCGUGACAAAGGAUGAAGUUUGGUUCCUGGGGCUUCUGCUAGCUACAGCUGAAGCACAAACCGCUUUGUACAUCCUCUUCCCUCUGCUGCUUCUUGGAGUCUGUAGCACAGCAUUUCUGUUGUACAAGUAUUGUAAACUCUCCAGGCAAGGGAAAACACAGCCAAGCCAACAGGAACUGAAUCAAACUUCUUCCUUCUGA